ACAGACCGCGCAAAGGUGGCCAGGCUGGACCCCUCUGGCGUGGUCCACCACAGAUCCAUCCACAGGGGGGGGCCUCCCUCCCUGGUGCAUAUAUAUACUUGUUGUGCGAUUUGCGCACAAUCUAUCAUGAAGAGAAAGUCAAUCUUUUAAUAGCAUAAUAAGAGUCUUCAUCUUUGAGUUUACACUAAGUUUCUAGAUAUUCUAAACAUGCUUUUUUAAUAUCACAGGGAGGUGGAAAAGAAAUUCAUGAGGGGGAUCACGCGAGAGAGCAUAUUCCUGCAUGAGGUGUACUGUUUCCAGGCCAAUUUUAACAGCGAAAGCGAUGACAGACUGAAGUAACAAAGACUGCGGCACCGUCCCUUGCUCGGUUUUUUCUUACUUUACAAAUCGGAAUACAGCAAUAGAUUUUACAUUCACAUAGUACUUUUACUGGGCGAAAAUUUAACAAAUUCAUUCUGUAAUCAGAAUCACAUUAUAUUUCAAGCCAUGUCGUUACCCAUACCCUUAGGUUGUUUUUAAUUUCGUACAUUACAACUUAGUUCAAUAGACUACACAACGCCUUGUCAUUGCUCAAGUUAAAGUGAAAUCCAUCCACCGGAAGUGAAUUUGCUUGACAACAUACCUACUUACAAAAUACCAGCAAGGUUGGAACAUCAUUCUGCUCGUUCUCUCGUUUAUGACAUAACAAAAGAAACGCUAUUCUUCUAAGUAUUAUUUUUACACUACAAGAACUAGAACGGACAAUAUGGUAGCGUGUUGUGCUGGAGGAAAUCUUGUUCGCGGACGUGAUUUGGACAAGGAGGCAGCAGCACCAUCGGCGCCAGUAGAGGAGACUCCACGACAAGCCGCCGCCGAAGGCGAAGCGGCGCCGUCUCCCGGCAUCGUCAGCUCCGGAGACGUGGGACUUUUGCCAAAAGCUUCAGUCGCUUACGAAGCACGAACAAGACAUCUGACUAACCUAAUUGUUGCGAUUCUUGUAGUACAUGCCCGUCACUAUCUUUAUAGUAGACCUAGCCGCACGACUAUAACUCUGGCUCUACAACGAUUAGAAAGCCGAGCACGAUUAGUUCGAUGUUUGAAGAUAGCUGGCUCGUCAAAGAUAUUAUGUACUUAAGUAUAUCAAUUUCUCCUGGUAAGUUGCACUUUGAGCUUGAUGGAUCAUCCUUCAUGUCGGAGAGUUGCUGGCUUCCGAAAAAACCGCGAUUCUUGUAGUAGAUUUCCAGCAUGAUUUUAUGGAAGGUGGAAAUUUGGCAGUCCCCGGAGCAAAUUAUGAGGACUACAAAACCGCAGUAGUCGACUUCGUUACGGCCUGCAGAAACGCAAAACGAAAAUUGUGAGCGCACUUGUUCUGGUGUUUUUCAGCUUGUUCGUUGUUUCUAUCCUCCUCUCUCGUAGGUAGUACUAUUUUUGCUACUACUAGUUCGUUGUGGGCUGGCACGAGUUAAUUAGUUGUUUUGUGUGCAAAUGCAUCUUGUCCUACGUGGUCUAUAUGCGCCAUUAGGUGCCUCGCUUGGUCGCAGGAUUGGCAUCCCGAGGAUCAUUGGAGCUUUGCGAUAUCUCACGAAGACAAGCCGGCGCCGUUUAGUCAGAAGAAGCUCGUUCGCGACAAGGACGAUGGAACUACGGUCGAAACCGACCAGGUAGUCACUCGAUAUUAUCGCAAAAGCUUUUACUCAUGCUAGAAAAGAUUUACUCGCCAAGAAUCUGUUAUAUCGUGAUAGACCACGGGGACGAGAGAUCAAGAACAUGGUCGGGAGAAUUUGUCCAUCGAUCCUAUUUUUUUUUUCAUAACAGACAAUGUGGCCUGUACACUGCGUGCAGGGAAGCAAGGGGGCCGAAUUUGUCAUGGAAGUCAAGGAGGGGGAGUUUAUUCAGCAGAAGGGAACCAAAACCAAGUGGGACAGCUACAGCGCUUUCGAGGAUGACGGAGGCCACGAGACCGGACUUACUGCGUACCUGAAGGAAAAGGUAUGAACUGCAUGAUAUUCUAAGUAACCUAAUAACAGAGCAACAGUUCAUAGCACUCCAUGCGCAUGCCCUGCGAGCUGGCAAAUCUUAUAAAUUACCCUGUAAUAAUGAGCUUCAUCCUUAUAAAUAUUGUAAAUGUACUAGUUCGUCCUCUCCCUCUGUUCGUUUAUACAGCUAGACCUAAACCUACGUACUAGAGCAUGACCAUCGUUCGUAUUUGUUGUAUUUAACACUGCUUUUCGUAAAUGAUCACACAGGGUGUCGAAAAUGUGCUUUGCCUUGGGCUCGCGACGGACUUCUGCGUGUUUUUUUCUGCCACCGACAGUGUCAAUUACGGCUUCAAUUGAGAAGUAAAAUGUAGUCAGCGUACUUCAAGCGUGUGACUAAUAAGAAUUCGUGAUAAGAUCAAAAUCAAAGAACAUCAUGAUGAAGCAGAGUUGUGGGAUUCUCGUAUGAAAGUAUUCAGCAAAAUGAAAAAAAAUUGUUCUCUUACCGAGUAAGCACGCCCUCUAAUUUGAAAGCGGUUUCAACACUUACGUCAUCCCGGAAUUGUGUCGCGGAAUUGCGCCAGAUUUCGAUUUCAAGAAAUACACCGACGCGGGCUGUGCGAAAGUACCUCUGUCGGAUGCGAUGACCGCUCUCAGCGGAGAGGCUGCUAAAAUGGCGUGACGAGGAAACUCGCUCGUCUAGGCUCCAGCCCGUGCUCCUCAACAACGUCAUGUUGUUCUCAUCGUUGUAUCUAUGGCUGUGGAGGUUUUCUUGGCGAACUACAUGGACGAUUCUUAUUCAUUUACGUUGAACGUAUCUAUUAUCUAUUAGAAAAAUCGGCGUUCGUCUUCUGAAUUCGAGGAUGUGAAUCAGCAAAUAAGUAAGAAUAACUCAAACUCCUGAGGAUGAUUGUUCACAGACUUUGUAUGCGGUGAAUAGUGCUCAGCGCGUUCUCUUUUCAGAUUCGAAUAUCAUGCAUUAUCAGCAUCAGGUAAGUGAUCUAGCGGCGAUUAGUUAAAAACGGUCGGCUCCUCGUUGAUUAUUUUUGAUUUUCUGUCGCUAUGCCACGACUCUGUUCAUGAUAUAAAAAAUUGUGAUGUUGCAGCAGGUAGAAGUACUAGAAGAUCAUCACUAUCUCACUUAGAGGUAGUAGACGACGACGAGACUCGCCAACGAACGGAAGGGGAGGACGUCUUGACGGCUCCGAGUGAGGCACUCAUGAAGUAACACUUCCUUAACACCCUCUCGCUCUCCUACAGUCCACCAUCAGUUCACGACUCCACUCUUGAUAAAUCGCUAUCGCAAUCUUCAUACUACAGCUAGGUAGAAAAGCAGCAGGAGAUCCUCGUGCUUCAGACUUGCCCAUAAUGCAAUUGAUGUGUUUCUUGAUCAAUACCCACUACUAAUACUACAUGCGAUAGAUUCACAUUCAUCAGUCUUCGUCAUCGUCACCCAGAAGGACAAUAUUGAAGAGGUUCAUGUCUAACCACAACUUGUCGAAUUGUUCGAGGUUGAGAUAUACCGAAGAUGCGUGUCGUGGUCUUCGUCUUCAUGAUAUCGCAUUAUAUCUAUCUAUCAAGAAAUUUAAUAUUGCAACAUUCUUCAAUCAUCAUCUUCUUGUUCUGGCAUCACUCUAUGCGUGAUACAGCAAGAAAGAUGUGUCAAGCAUCCUUCGUAGUUGUAUAGCAGAGGUCCUUCCAACAUGAUGACGAUUCAUAACAACAUACAAAUGUAACAAGGAGGUUGCUAGUACUAUUAAUUGUGUCACCUCCUACUCCUUUAAUAUCCUAAUUACACAUGGUAUUAUUUCUAUUUAUGGAGAGACUGUACUACACCAUAAUACUGCAGGUGGAGCCUUCAUGUUGAAACGAACGGAUUUGUGCUCUGUAUUCCCUCCACCACUUGAAGAAAUAACAACAAGAAAGAUGGAUUUCGAUUCCCGGACGCCAUGCGAUCGGACGCAACGCAGCAUGAUAUUCAACUGUUCC